AUGGCUGUCUGCUUAAAGAGUGGGGAGGCAGAGGAACUGAGGAGUAGCCAAAGGAAGAGUGAUGGUGGAACAGCCACCAACACGCCGAUUUUUGUGGAAACCCUUACAGGGAAGACAAUCACUCUUGAGGCUGAACCCUCAGAUACAAGAGAAAAUGUAAAGGCCAAGAUCCAGGAUAAGGAAGGAAUUCCUCCUGAUCAGCAAAGACUGAUCUUUGUUGGCAAGCAACUGCAAUAUGGACAUAUUCUUUUUGGCCAACACAAUACUUUACAUGGCUAUAACACUCAAAAGAAGUCCACUUUUCAUCUUGUCUUGAGACUUUGUGAUGGUGCUAAGAAAAGGAAGAAGUUAUCUUACACUGCUCCCAAGAAGAAUAAGCACAAGAGAAAGAAGGCUGAGUUGGCUCUCCUGAAACACUACAAAGUGGAUGAGAAUAACAACAUCAGUUGCCUUUGUCAGGAGUGCCUUUCUGAUGAAUGUGGUGCUGGAGUUUUUAUGGCCAGCCACUUUGACAGACAUUAUUGUGGCAAAGGUUGUCUAACCUGUUGCUUCAAUAAAAUGAAAGACAAUGCCUUCUUCUGCCUUGGCAUCUGA